UUGCUACCCGAACCAGAAGCGCCAGUUAAGUGCAGAAUCGAACCUGUGCAGAGGAUGUAUGCCGCCUGUUCUAACAAGCCGCAGCUGGAAGACACUAUUAAUAAACUGUUUAAUUGAAAUAAAGAGAAAAUAUCAGAGGAGGUCCUGGCAUUGAGGUGCCUUAAGAAAUCUUGAACGAUGAUGGAGCGAAGACGAGCCUUAACUAUUCCAUUUGUUGACAAGGACAAGCUGAUGGAGAACCCACUGAAAAUAUCCGUGGCGUGCUUGUCAUCAGAGUGUGGAAAGUUGGACGGGCAGGUCCCAUGGACUGCUUUUGCUGAUCAUAACGGCAGUCCCAACCACAAACCAAGGCAUAAAAACGGCUCCACGGUGUUUGAUUGUAAUCGCGCAGCUUUGAAAAGUUCGGACAUCAUGAGGAGAAAGCCACGUCUUGUCCUAACAGAUGUCUUAAAGACGGAGCUAGGCAAGGAUUAUAUUAAGAGAUUAAAAAACAGAAGCAACGUAAGAAGACUCUCUGGUCUUCGAAAGGUCGACAACCGACGCAAAGAGGAAGAACUCUGCUACAGCGAAACUAGAUCCAGACAGAUGGAGGAGAAGAACAAGAGCAAGGAUAUAACCCCUAAAGGAAAAAAGAGGACUCCCACAUCUAAAAGACUACUAAAUAGACUUAGAAAACCCCAGAACACUGAAGAGGAAGAUGAUGAAGAAAGCCAAGGUACCAAAGAGAUGAAAAUCAGCAAAGAAAGCGAAGGAGACGAGACGUUUGCUGAGGUUGUAGAUUGUGGAUUGUCACUGAGCUGGCAGUCCACUGGGGAUACAUCAGCCUGUGAUGGAAUCUCUGCAGAUUUCAAUAAAGACAAGUUGACUGGAUCAGAAGAAGAUGCAGAUCACUGUUUGGCCAUGAAGCGUAAAAGAAGGAAUCCUGGCCUGCAGUGCAAUGGAAAGAGCAGCCCUAAACGCCAGCGAGGGAGCAUGCUUCAUCCGACAGGAGAGGCAGAAAAAGAUGGAGGACGGGUCCCACUGUGUGGUGUUCAGGAAGAAAGUGACAUAGACUUAGAUAUGGAGCGUUGUAUUGUACAGUUCACUGUUGGAGAAGAAGAUGGAUUUCAGCCUUUGGUCCCAUUCUACCCUGGUGGGAAACCUGAAGGCAUCAUUAUCAGUAGCAGGAUUAACUCAUCGCCCAGGAAUAACAGCGCAACCCAAACCAGCCUGUCUGAUCCCAUUGUGUUGUCCAGCGAUGAUGAGGAAAACCGUGAGGAUCCUGAAUGUCGGCACAGAUUGGGGCAGAAUAAGGCCUCACUGUUUGACACGUCAAUCCAUAGAAAUGCCUCAGAGGAAGAGGAGUCCCAACAGGAGAUGACAUCAGACACAGAGGAUGUGCAGGGAAUGCAGAUGCUUGUUGAAGAGUUUCCACAUUCAGCACCGUCCUCUCCCAUCCCAGAGUUUGACUUUCCCUCUUUGAGUGUACAUUUCGUGGCCAUGUACUGUGGAUGUUACAAACUGAGAGCAGAUGGAUGCCUCAUGAUAGCAAAAAAUAAGAUUGUCAUCCCACUUAAAGGCACGAGCGAGCAGGGGUUUUUGACUUUUGUGCGCACAGAUCUGCGGAGGUACAGUGUUUGGGACAAGCAGGAGCUGGAAGCUCAUCACAUUCGCUUUGAGGGGGAAAAGGAUCCUUCACCACCUGGCGUCCUGCUGUUAUAUGUGUCAGAAACUGCUGCUGGUCCUAUACAGCAGGUACUGAACCAGCUCUGCGACAGUGAAGAUGGACCCGUAGAUAAUGGAAAAGCCAGCCGUUUCAUCUUACUGACUCUCAAAGAUCCUGUGGAGGGAAUGGAGGGAGCUUUACUGCGCUCCUUACUGGACAUCGACUGCAUCAAUGGAAUGACAUAUGACAACCGCUUUAAAAACAAUGACGGGGUCCAACCUAAUAGUUUAUUGGAUUCUGAUUCUCCAGUGCUUUCAAUGGAUGAUAGCAUAAAGCUGAUCAGAAACAUUGGCGCCGACUCUUAUCUGCUCUCCAUACUCUGCAUUAAGAGCCCUGACUCUGACCUGAUUGUAGAAAAGGAGCCUUCAGAUUGUGAUGAAGAAGAUCUCCCCACUGCCCACAUCUGGGUGGAUACUAAUGUUGAGAAAGACACAGAGAUGCCUCUUGAGAAAAAAACAGAAGAUGGAGCCGCUGAAGCUGAACGAAAUAUGGAUAAGGAGGAUGAGGAACCCAAGACUCCCUCUGAUAGCAAAAAGGAGGAAGUCGUGCCUGUUUAUACGGUUUGUCAUCAAAGAAGAAAAGGAUCCUACUCUGUGUCUCUUUGUAAACCAGACUCCAACUGGAUAAAAUAUAAGCAUGAGGGUCUGAGUAAAAGGUUAAUACAGUUUCCUCCACCACCUUUGAAAGGAGGAAUCACAGUAACAAUGGAAGAUCUGCAAUGCCUUGACAGUUGGCAGUACCUUAACGAUGUCAUUAUCGAUUUUUACCUUAAAUACCUCAUCCAGAAAUCCUCCGCUGCCAUUUCUAAACGCUCCCACAUCUUCAGCAGCUUCUUCUACAAGCAGCUGACGCGCAGGGACAACGCCAGCGAAGGAGGCAGUACCGACUCUUGUCAGAGGCAGAGGCGGCACCAGCGAGUAAAGACGUGGACGCGACACGUGGACAUCUUUGAAAAGGACUUCCUGUUUGUGCCUGUUAAUCAAGAAGCUCACUGGUAUUUAGCUAUGAUUUGCUUUCCUGGACUGGAAGAGCCUCUGCAGGAGGACUGGCUGGGAGAGUCUCAGGGUCCAGAUGAGGCCAAAGAAUGUAAAAGUUCUGAUCCUGCAGAAACCCUGGAGCGAUUAGACCCGAGUGACGGUGUGAACACAGAGACGGAAAAUCAUCUGGAUGAGUCGACUAAAGAUCCGCCACCACCAUGUCGAGUUAGUUGCACAGAACAGACGUGUCGGAGACGGACAGUCUGCAAAAGGCCGUGUAUUCUUAUCAUGGAUUCCCUCAAGCUCUCUUCGCAUGAGCGGAUCUGCAAACUGUUACGGGAGUAUCUGCAGUCAGAAUGGGAGGUCCGUCGAGGAUCAUCCAGGGAAUUUGGUCCUGAUCAGCUGAAAAGCUCCCAUUGUAUAGUUCCCCUUCAGGAUAACAGCAGUGACUGUGGCCUUUACCUUCUUCAAUAUGUUGAGUGUUUUUUAAAGGACCCUGUGGUGCACUUCGAUUUACCUCUGCAGCUACAAAAAUGGUUCCCACGCCAAGUGGUUCGGAAAAAACGAGACGAGAUCAGAGAUUUGAUCCUUAACCUUUACCGGCUUCAGAACCUGGACAGCAAAAACACAUGAAGAAACGCCGCUGCACAGUGCAUCACAUUCCUGCCUCCAUUAUAAAGCAUUGCUCAUACUGAGCUAAAGACCUUUUAUUUCAGUGUAAACUGGAAAAAAACUUCUUUUAGAUAUGAUUUCAAGUCCCUGCGUUUAACCACACCCAUAAUGAUUGGUGAGAAAAAAUCAGAACGUCUGAACAUCCGGCUUAAAUAAGAGGUUGAAUCUGUGAAACUAUGUUUUUGAAAUGUUGUUUAGGUGUUUCAAUUUUUAUUCAAAGUCGCAUCCUGAUAUCAGUCUGACCUCUGAAAAUGAGACAAAGGUAACAUGUAGCUUGUGAAGGAACAUUGUGAGCACUUGCAGUAAGUUUACCUGCUUUGCUUUCGUUUGUUAGACUUGUUUUCCAGUUAAAGGUGUUCUCUGUGUUGUAAUAAUUUAAACUGAAACCUCAGGAGGAAAACGCAGAGGGGAAAAGAUGAAGCCAGCCGUCAUCUCGCUGCCUCAAAGCAAGACACUCGUUCUGCACACCUGUCUUCUGCGAGCCAGUGCUGAGCACACAGACGUUCAUUCACUGAGACUGAAAGUUACCAAAUUAGUGCUUGGAAAAUUUCAUGAGAUCAACACUUUAUUUUCUUUUUAUUUUACACUUAUCCCUAGCUUCCAUUUUUUAUUUAGUAGAGUUUAAAAUAAAUAUAUUUCUGUGAGGACAUUUGUAUUGAUGAACUGGCUGAAUAGUGAUCAGAUUUCUUUUCAUUCACUAAAGUUCAACUGCUUUUUAGAAAGGAGCUGUUCAGUACUGUUUGUUUCUUCUGUUGUGAAAAAUUAACAUAAUACUCCUAUUGUUUGUUUGUUUUUCCUGUUUGCUUGUUGGUAUUUAUUUUUUGUUUUUUAACACAGAUCAUCUCUUAUAGGAAGAGUUUUUGUUAGUUUUUUUUUUUUAAUAAUCUGGAGCUGAUUGCAGAAUGCUGUUUCUUUCUGUUGUGCAUUAAAACGUUUUGAUAAAUCUAAUAUUUUUUUUGUUUAACUAGCAGUUGUGGUGGAAAGUUUAAUCAAACCCACAGACUAUGGAGUUUAUUUCUAGAUGGACAUUCUUUUCCUUAUUGGCUUUUCCAAGUUUAGUUAAAAUACUUUUUUUUUUUUUUACAUACUUUCAUUCUUUUACCUCUUUAAGUCAAAACAUAAGUCCUCUACAGUGGUCAACAGUAUAAUGUGACACUUGUCAAAUUAUACUGAUGAAAAAUGCUAUAUUAUACUUGAUGAAAUAUAUAUAUUUACAACCCUUCAGAUACGAAGUAAUGUACAGAGUCUUGGAAAGGUAUUCAUUCUCCCCUGCCAAUAUUUUGUCAUGUUAAAAUUACAAAGUUCGACAUGUUAAGAUCUUUUCUUAAAAACAAGGGUCUGUUAACCAUGCUUCUCCAACAAGUCGUACAUUUUAAUGAGUCCAGCUCUUUGGAAGAGUAGUGAUAAUUUUGAAAUGUAAGGAAAUCACCUUUAUAGUUGACUUUGUAUGUUAGAUAACCAUUUGUUUACAAUUAAAUCACCAUGUCAUAUAAUGCGUGCUGUUAACGCUUAUUUACCCUUGGUUCUACUAGCGCUCCAUAAGUCAGAGUUUCUCCUAGUGCCUUUUGAUAGCGAAGAAAAUGGAAAACUUUCUUUUCAAUCUCUCAAAAUGUUUGCUUUUGACUAUGAUGGUUGUCACUCUUCCAUGUUGAUUGCCUUUUUCUUGUCAUUUUUUUGCAGGCAGCAAUACACUUCAGUUUUUAUGCAGACAGUAGCACCACUUUCAUUGGUGCAGAAUAGCUUUUAAUUAUUAACACACUUUGAAUUUACCUGAUAAUUUAUUCUGAAAUUUUUAUAUUGUUCAGUUUUGGGUGACCUUUAACCUUCAGCAUUUACAUUUGUAGCAUUUAAAGCAAUUCUUUGAUAUUGAACAACUUUAAUAGAAAUAAUUAUAAAAACUUGAGAUGUUAAUAAGGUAAUUUUAUUAAGGAUUCCCAUUAGCUGUUGCCAUGGCAAACGGCUAGUCUUCCCCGGGUCCAGGUGUUUUAAAGUAUUAGACCGGAAGUGUAUAUUUUUGUUUGUAUAUAUAAUCAUUCAUCUGUAUUAGAGGAAAUCCUUAAGAAAUGUAAGAUUUUAUGUUAAUUAUUGAAGACAUUACUGUAGGUAUAAUGCACAUGCCUUCCCAGUCUGUAUUCUGCUCAUUUGCCUUUCUUUUUAAAAUAGCACUGUUACCUAAAACCAAGAAGGGACAAAUCUGUUUAACAAAGGA